AUGUACUUUAUCAAGUUGCUUUCCCUUGCUGCUCUCUUUGGUGCUGCUGUUGCUGCUCCCUCGGGUAAUGUUCACAUUGUUGUCAAGAACCAUUGUGGCUAUGAUCUCCAUGUCGGCAAGUUGACCAAUGGUCAAAGCAAGGCUUCCACAAAAGUUGUUGCCAAGGGCAGCCAAACCACCUAUUCUCUUCCUAGCAACUGGCAAGGUCGUUUCUGGGCCCGUGACCAGUGCCAUGGUAAAGAGUGCAAUGCCAUUGCUGGUGCUGCUGACCCUGCUUCAUUAGCUGAGUUUACUUUUAAGGGUCAUGGUGGCUAUGAUUAUUAUGACUUGAGCUUUGUCGAUGGUUUCAACCUUCCCAUGUCCAUCAAGCCUAUUCAUCCCAAGAAGGAGAGUGGUGCUGACCAAUACCGCUGUGGUGCCCCUACAUGCAACAAGCUUCCAUCCUGCCCUAGCGAUCUUCAGGUCAAGAAUAGCAAGGGUCAUGUUGUCGGCUGCAAGUCAGCUUGCUCCAAGUUUGGCACUGAUGAAUACUGCUGCGCUGGCGCUCAUAGCACUCCUGAUACUUGCUCGCCCAACUACUUUUCCAAGGCUGUUGAGGAUGCUUGCCCCGAUGCUUACUCAUAUGCCUAUGAUGACAACACCUCCACCUACAUGUGCAAGGCACAAGGUUAUGUCGUUACCAUUUGCUAG